GCGUGUCAUACGGAAGAAUGACAAGCCACAAGUAAGCAAAUAUCCUGAAGACGAGAAUGAAGUUACGACGUUACUAUAACUCCCGGUUUAUUUCUUUCUAUUCGAUUUAUUCACAGUUCUUCUGAGUCGCUUGAGCUGGAUUCGAACCGAUACUUUACAAGGUGACGAGAUGAAGCUCACUACAAGCUCGCGCGUUUUCACCAGAGUCACAUUUUGUGCUGCGGUGUUUUCACUGAUUCAGUGCCUCUCCACCACACACACCACCAUGUCACCUUUGCAGAUGAGCUCUUACGGUGACUUUCUUCGCUUCGACUCGGCUCCUGACACCAUCACAGAUAACUCCAUCGUGCAGAUUUCAUAUAUCUGCUCCAUGGCCUGCAGAGUAGGGAUCGAGGUUGUGCUUUCCACACCAAAAACCGUCGGACUUGUGACCUUUAGGAGAUCAUGGACUCAUGUCCGACACCUAAAAACGACUAUAACAAGGACGAUUCAGCUCAAAUUCCCAUCUGCUGUGGUGUAUAAGAGAGACUUUUUCAUCAGGCAGACAGUAGAGGUGCAUGAUGGGAUGCUGAGAGCCUGGCUGGUGUAUCUGAAUGGAGAAGAAAUCAAUAGCAGCCACACUGGUGUCAGUCAGUAUGAGAGAUCCACAGUGAGGGCGUUUAGAUCUCUGAAGACGGUUCCGCUUUCGGAACGUCCUGCCAAAUCACAGAACAGAUGUCUUGCGUGGGGGGCGGAGCUUAUGUGGAAUCGGACAAAAGACAGAAUAGGGAAGUGUAUUUUUGAGUCAGAUAUAGUGAGACUCCUGACAUUCCCUUUUGCAAGCACUGGAGAGAAAUACGGCGUCAUCCGGACGUUUCCAGCCUUCGCCAACAGAGAGCUGGAGACUGCAAGCAUUCGUGCUCUAGAGAAACCCAGACUGACCGUGUCGAUAUGGCUGUAUUUGCUAAACUGGUGCACGGUAAAGUACUGUGGCAUCAUCAAGCACGUGUACGAGCACAGGAAAUACGGAUCUCCUCUCCUUUUGCUGACUGAUACAGGUAACAUCGUAGUGCAGGCGCGUUUGACCUCCGGUGUGGAAAAGGCGUUCACAGUCGACACCGACCUCCCUCUCCGGACCUGGAUCCGGCUGGACCUCUUCAUCCAGGCCUCAGAGGUGAAGAUAAUAAUCAUGCAGGCCUCGUCUACAGAUUACCCCCAGGAAGCCGUGUACAGUUUUCAGGACUCUGUACUAUACAAUGACACCUCAGGAUACUUUGUGAUCGGUGGCUGCAUCUACAUGCCAGGGUUUCACGGUUAUGUCGGACCGGUUAAAUAUUACCGCUUAGGCUCGGAAACGGUGGUGAACCCUCUGACUCCAGAGAGAAUGCUGACAGGACUGAGCGAAGCCCACAGAUGGUGUGAGGACGUUAAACAGAUCACCAAAGACUAUGUAACAGCUCUACAAGACAACAGAGCCAGUCUCGUUGACGACGUGUGCGUGUCACAUUACGAGCAGUUAAGGAGGACGUUUGUCCAGACGAGGUGCAUUCAGACGUGGUCCUGGGAGCAUCAGCUGAAAUACAGUUUUGUUUUCAAGAUACUGAGAAGGCAUCAAGAAGAACUGAUAUUAGGCUCUUGGAGCAGCAAGAAAGCGUCACUCUUAGGUCAGCGCCUCUACCAAGACACGGUCAAGAGUUUAGCCGAUGCCAGUUCUGGAGACAUCGAUAUGUCGCUAAUUGAGCUGCUUCAGCUGUGCUCGUGUUGGGGUCAUCACCAGGCCAAUCUCAUGCUCGCCACUUUACACCUCUCGGGCCUCGGCGUGCCAGCAGACCAGGAGAAGGGCCACGUGUACAGCCUGAUGGGUGGAGUCGUAGAUGAGCGUCUGGCUCUGCUCCACUUGGGCUAUAAGCACAUGCAGGGUCUUGACGGCUUCCCUAAGGACCAGGACAUGGCUUACGGCUACUACGCCAACGUGGCAAAGCAGACCAGCAUCGACCUCGAUAACGUCCAGGACAUGGAGCAAUUCCUCCCUGAGCACGUACACUUAGACAAGCCAGAGGACGUUCAGAUGCAAGUAGGCGAGUCCAACGACAUCAUACAGUUCCUCAAACACCAGGCUGAGAGAGGAGACAUCGAGUCUCAGAAGACAAUGGCGCGGAUUCUAUUCUUUGGCAGUAAUGGCAUGACGAAGGACAUUCACGCAGCUCUGAAAUGGUACGCCAGGAGCGCCAUGCAGAUGACAGACGCCUCAGCCAUGUACGAAUACGGCAUCCUGCUGCUGAAGGGAAUCGGAGGGAAGAACAAGACCCUGGCUUUAAAACUUCUGGGGAAGGCAGCUGACAUGGGCAAUGUGGAUGCUCUGAACUCCCUUGGUUGGUACUACAGCACUAUGGAAUAUAACAGCAGAAAGGCUGCGUAUUACUUUGACCUGGCGGCUCGUAACGGCAGUCGAGACGGUCUCUUUAACCUGGGGGUGUAUCACCUGAACGGCACUGUACUGGACUCGCUGGGCAGGAACGAGACAGCUGCGUUUCAGUGUUUCCUGAAGGCAGGUGAGCAAGGUCAUGUGGAAGGUGCAGUGGAGGCUGCAUCGUCUCUCUCUCACGGACAAUUACCAGGCGUACGCAGAGAUCCCGAGAAAGCCGUGAAUCUACUGAAGCCGAUCAGCGAGAAGAACGGUCACCUGGGCUUCACAAUACGAGACGCUCUGAAAGCAUUUCAGCACGGAUCAUGGGACGAGGCCCUGCUGAAAUACGCCAUGCUCGCCGAAACUGGCUUUAUUGUGGCUCAGCUGAACGCCGCACACCUCUGUGAGGUGUUGAAGCACGGCUCCGCCUGCCAGUGGAGGUAUCAUAACUACUCCACCCAUAACCACGGCCCGCACGAAUCAGGGCUGUUGAAGAUGGGCGACCAUUACAGUGCCUCAGGUGACAUAACAAAGGCUGUAAUACUGUACAGCAGAGCAGCACUGAGAGGCAGUGCACAGGGCAUGUACAAUCUGGCGGUCUUGACCGAGGAAGGACUCGACAUCCCCGCAAAUAUCCUGGAGCAAAUGAAGAUCUCGACUGAGCCUCAGCUGAACAAGCACGAUGUCAUGGAGAAACUGUUGAUCAGAUGCAGAGAGCUGGAGGGGAACGAUGAGGAAAUGAGCCCGUGCUCACUGGCUCUGAUUGGGCUGCGUGUGUCCAGAGCAUGGAGCAGCUUCUCCGACAGCAAAGUCCACCUCACGCUGACCGUCGCCACUGUCGUCAUGUUAGCGCUCGCAAUCGCGGCACAAAGUGCGCUCGCCCACUACUCUGCAGCUCUUCCACGCAGUAUUCCUGACCAUUUAUCACCUCGCCUCGGUGAGUCAGACUCUCACAUGGAGGCUCAGGAAGGACCCUCAGGAGUCACUCGAGCUGCGCGGAUCAGUCAAGCCUCCGUGACCCGACACGUCCGAUCCCUGCAGGAAACAGCCGAUUUGGUCUUCACGGCGAGCGGCGUGUGCAUGUGUGCCUUGUGCACCGUGUUUGUGUCUCAUGUGCUUUAACUGUACAUUAAAACAACGCUGAUAUGAAGGAGGACGUUUUUAAACAGACUGAAAUUUGUGCGCCCAAAGCUGCAAAACAACGCCAUCUUCUGACUGAAACACAGAGGAAGUCGAUGACAUUUAACCUGUUUUUCAGUUCAUCCGAAAUAGAAUUUUAAUUAGAAAGAGCAAAAACGUUAUUAUCAGCAAUAAGGAGUUUUUUUUCCUUCUUCAAGCUAACCUACCAGACAACUGAUCGCUAUAGUGUGCUUGAAUUUCAUUAGUAAUUUUUGUCCCAGAUUUGCAAAUGCCAUUGAAAACUUUAGAUAUAGCUUCUAACCUUUGGAUCACUGUUACUAUAACGUGCUUGGAGAAGAGAUCUCAUAAAAAGGAGUUGAAAGGAAACUUAUAGAGGGUAAAUUUCUAGGAGCAGAGAUGAUCAGAUCCAGAAAAGAUCCAGAAAAGCAAAAUAAUGCAAAUCUGGUAGAGAUGACAUAGAUCCGGCACUUCAAGAUGACACAGAUCAGGCACGGCGAAAUGACACAGAUCAGGCAAGGCGAGAUGACACAGAUCAGGCAAGGCAAAAUGACACAGAUCCGGCAAGGCAAAAUGACACAGGCAAGGUGAUAUGACACAGAUCAGGCAAGGCGAAAUGACACAGAUCAGGCAAGGCAAAAUGACACAGAUCAGGCAAGGCGAGAUGACACAGAUCUGGCAAGGCGAAAUGACACAGAUCAGGCAAGGCAAAAUGACACAGAUCAGGCAAGGCGAGAUGACACAGAUCUGGCAAGGCGAGAUGACACAGUUCAGGCAAGGCGAAAUGACACAGAUCAGGCAAGGCAAAAUGACACAGAUCAGGCUCUAAGUCCAUUCUGGAAUUCAAAUGAUCCCAGUGCUUUUGAUUGAUUAACACAAAACAGAAACCUUAUUAUCAGCAGUGAAGAGUCUUUUGUUUUGAUUUUAAAGAGAACCUUCCUGACAACUCAGUGUGCUUGUAUUUUGCUUGGUGUGGUUUUGAAACUGCGGUACAGCUGUUUUAAGCUCCACAGACAACAAAACUAGGCACUUGGGCUCAAACCCACCGAAAGCUCUUCAUUCAUUCAUUCAUUCAUCUUCUACCGCUUAUCCGAACUACCUCGGGUCACGG